AUGCAUCCUCAUUGCUUCUUCCUCGCACUCUUUGCUCUACUGGUUUCUCUGGUAACCGCCACUACAACAAACAACGUUCCCGGUACCUGGAAGCCUAUGGACAGCAUCGAUUUAAACGCGACAGAGAUUGGAGAGUGGGCCGUUUCCGAGUACAACAAGAAUGCCACAAACAAGUUAGUUUUUGAAAAACUGAUUUCAUCUGAGAUAACAUUUGUAUCAGGCACCUUAUAUUUGCUUCUUGUUGCGGCUAAGGACGAGUCUUUGCCUAAUCGCACCGGAAAUUACAGAGCUUGA